AUGCAGCUUCGUCCGUAUACAGCCCUAAUCGGGUUGUACCUUCUGGGAAGCGCUCGAGGAUCGCCCGUGGCAUAUGGCAACGCUUCCACACCGGCUAUCACACCGACUAUCACACCGGCACCCACGACAAGUAGGAGCAUACUCAGUGGUAUCAUCACCUCCGGCAGCCCUAGUGCCUGCUACAAUACGGACUUUGUGGGUGUAAUUCUAGGCGCAUACUCUGAUCUAUCGACCGAUCAAGCCUUGCUAUGCCAAUGUCUCACCCAACUAUCCGACUGGCUUUCUACAACGGAUCAAGGCACGCAUACUCUGACCAGGAGUAUCCCAGAUGGGUUAGCGACAGUGACUGAGACGACAGGUGGAGUCACGACGACACUUACGACACAGAUUGUCUAUGUUGAGACAGUCACAGUAACUGAAAAUAACGUUGGCGCCGACGGUAAUUUCUGGUAUGGCAGUGCGACGUCCCCAUGCUGCUAUUCAUGCUCUAUCGCAGCUGCCACGGUCGAAAUCUUCUACUGGCAAACUCCUGCUCCAUCCAACGUCGUAACGUCUUUCGUGUCGAAUGAUAUUACCUUUGUUUCACCGAGCGUCUACAUCGGAUUCUCCUCUCUUUAUGCGUACGACUACUGUGGAACCGUAGGCCAGCCAUUCACAAACACCACUAUCGCCUUCGAUCAAAAUGAGCUUUCCACCGUUCAAUACGUGUUGCAAUCUUAUACAACAAACGAAACGACCAAUAUUGGCUCCGGUACCACCACCAUCUGGUCAACGUAUUCUACCACGUCUACUUACUAUUCGAGUACCACACCGGCACCGCUUGAUUACGAGGUCCUGGGCCAGAACUGCUCAACCAUAUCGGGAUAUACUUACGUACCUGGAAAUCCGUCCGCAGCGGCGGUUUAUUCCUCACUGGACCCUUGCCAUCCGAUUAUCGUCGUUCCAGAUCGGAUCAAAUCCUUGCAACCAGAAUGGAAUUCCUGUGGGAGUAAUGCAGUAGGAGGUUUCUACGAUCCACCUUAUCCUCUGACAUCGGUGUCUGGAUUGCUUCCAGUCACUACCACGUCGAAAACUGAGCCGAUUUCGACCACUACUGCGGCACCAGGUUCGACUGUGACGAGUGUUCCUCAGCAAACCUCGAUCACACCUUUCCCAGAUCAAGAGCCGACAUCAACGGCUCCUGGUCAGGGUCAGGGUCAGGGUCAGGGUCAGGGUCAGGGUCAGGAGGAUCUGGAUCUGCCACAACUUCAGGUUCGGGUUCAGGCCCAGGAGGGUCCGGGUCAGGCUCAGGCCUAG